AUGAUAAUAAUAAGCAGGAAAAAUACAGGUCUCCUGGGGAACCGGUACGGCGAGCGAACUCUCCCCCGCCGCUUCCCGGAGACGCUGUUCCAGCUCCUUCUGUCCAAACUGUCCAAGAACCGCGAGGGCGCCGCGCUGCUGACGCGCUGGUUCCUCCGGGACGACAACGCCGUCCCGCCCGCCUACGUGCUGCAGCCAAUCACGGCUCACUUCCCCCCCGCCGGCGCCGACCUCGGGCCGCAGCGGGACGCCGCCGCGCUCGGCUGGCGGGACACGGAGACGACUCUGCUGCAGCUGCUACGCUCCGCCGCCGCGGGGGGGGGGAUCACGGCCGAGCAGAAACAGGAGCUCCUCACAUCAGUCCUGGACCGGGAGCUGGACCGCGGUCUGCUGGCGGGCGGCGGCGACCCGUCGGCUCUGCUCUUCGUGCGGGAGAUCCCCCGCCAGCGGGCGCGGGACGGCCCCAAACGCCUCGCCCGCUUCCUGGACCUGAGCGCCGGCGGCGUGCUGGACGCCGACGCCCAGCGGCUCCUCGGCGCGCUGCGGUCCCGCCUCCUCGCCGCGGCGCCGCCCAGCCUCAACCUGCACAGCGUGGAGCUCUGCAAGGGGGGCGUGGACGCCAAACGGCGAGACCACGCCCAGUACCUGGACGCCGUCUGCCGGGAGUUCGUCUCGCAGAUGAAAGCCGGGAUCGCCACAGCAACGGACGGCAGGCGGGGGAAGCCCUGGGGAAGCAUCGCGGACGAAAAGAAGGAAAUCUCAGACGGCGUCGGGGCAGACGUUAGCGGCACAGACGGGCUUCUGGGUAAUCUCUGUGGCACAGAUGGGCUUCUGGGUAACUUCUGUGGCAGAGAGGGGCUUCUGGGUAAACUGUGCUGUGCCAUAUGGGAGUCCACCAACCUGCACCAUGGCCCGCUGGUGGUGCACGGCGCCGCCGGUGCGGGGAAGACGGCGUUGCUGUGCAGACUGGCCGCAGAGAUGCGUAGCGUCCUGGUUGCCGGGGCGACAGUAGUGGUGAGGCUGCUGGCGGCGCGGCAUCCUCACAGACCCGACGUCCACCAGGUGCUCCGCGGCGUCUGCCUCCACAUCUGCCUGGCUGCUGGUUUGGCCCCGCCCCCCUCGCUGCGGGCCGCCACGAUGCCCGGAUGUCUCCGGGACGUCCUGGCGGAGGUGUCCCGGCGGGGGGGGACGCUGCUCAUCGUGCUGGACGCCGUGGAUCACCUGUCGGACCGUCACGUCGCUCACAAACUCCGCUGGCUGCCCACCGUCCUGCCGCCCAACGUGCACCUGCUGGUCUCCAUGGAUACCGACAGCGAGGCAUUCGCCAACAUGCGCCUGAACUUCAACAAUUUGGGGAGUUUCUUCGAGGUGGAGCGCCUGUCUGCAGACGAGGGGAGGCGGAUCGCGGAGUCGAACCUGCGGUCCUCGCGGCGCACGCUGACCGCCGAGCAGAGCGCCGCCGCGCUGCGGAGCUUCGAGUCCACCGGCUCGCCGCUGCACCUCCGGAUGAUCCUGUCGGCCGCCAAGCGCUGGGCGUCCUUCACGCCGCUCGCGGAGACACGCCUCGGCGCCAGCACGCAGGAAAUGAUGUCACAGCUGUUCAUGACGCUGGAGGAGAACCACGGGAAGGAGCUGGUGGGGGGGGCGUUGGGAUACAUUGCUUUGGCGAGGGAAGGUCUGCUGGAGGCCGAACUGCGGGACAUCAUGUCCCUGGAUGAUGACAUCAUCAGCGGGGUGUACAGGGACUCCCUCCCUCCGACGCCCUCGCUGAUCCGGUUUCCCCCCCUCCUCUGGGCGAGACUCCGACGGGACAUCGAGGACCUGCUGGAGGAGCGCUGGACACACGGGGUCGCCGCCCUCGCCUUCAACACCCGGCGUCUGUCCGAGGCGGUUUCUGCUCGUUAUCUGACAUCAGAGCGCCGGGGGCGGAGCCUCAGGAUCCUGGCCGAGUACUUCCUGGGUCGGUGGUCUGGGAGACUGAAGCCUGUGGCUCUGCCGGGCCUGACGCUGCUCCUGGCUGACAGAAAGGUCCCGCCCCAGCCGCUGUGGUUUGCUCAAGGAUUGGCCAACGUCAGGAAGCUCCAGGAGCUGCCGUAUCAUCUGCUGCACGCCGGUCUGUGGGACGAGCUGCGACAGGAAGUCAUCGGCAGCGCUGAGUGGCUGUUCUGUAAGAGCCAGGUGUGCGGCUUGUCCAGUGUGAUCCAGGACCUGGACCAGUGCUCCCAGUACCUGGACUGCAGCGAGACCAGUCUGAUCCGAGACGCUCUGGUCCUCAUCGAACCCAGCCUGGACCUGCUAGACACUCACAUGGACAUGUCUCUGUUCUACACCGAGCUGUUGGCCAGACUCUGCUCCUUGGCCACGCCCUUCCCUUCUCUGAUUGGCCGGCUGUGCAGCCAUUGUGAGGAGUGGCUACUGACGAGUCCCGAUCCGAGCCUCGUCCCUAAGUGCAGCUUCCUGCCGCCGCCGGGGGGGGCGCUGCAACACACACUGACCGGACUGCAGGGAGGUGUGCUGUGUGUGGACGUCGGCGUGGAGGCGGAGCUCCUGGUUGCGGGUUCAGACGCCGGCGUGGUGGCGGUCUGGAGCCUCGCCGACAAGCAGCUGCUGCACCUGCUGCUGGGACACACAGGUGCCGUUUUGUCGGUGAAAGUGAUGGCUAGCUCCGCCCGCUGCCUCUCAUUGGCUGCUGACGGCUCCCUGAGGGGGUGGAGCCUGGCGGACGGCCAACAGCUGCUCUGCGUCCAGGAGGCGCUGCCCAUUGACUCCGCCCCUUCCUCCGUACACCUCCACCUGUCUGAUCAGAUGAUCUUUGUCUACACCAGGACACAGGUGAAGGUGUUGAAGCUGGACGGGGCGGAGCUCUUCAGCAGCAGCAGCUGUAAUGAUGAAGAGGAUGCUGAUGAUGAUGAUGAAGACAAAGAUGGCGGCUCAGAGGUCCUGGGAGUUCUGGGAGAAUCUGUAGUUUCUCUGUGUGCGUCCGGUCUGGUGAGAAUAUUCCAUCCUAUCGAUGGGAGUCAGACCGUGGAGACUCGGCAGGGAACCUCCCAGAGACGGCUGACUGUCGUGGAAUCGGUGACGUUACCGCGACGCGGGAAGGUGUUCGUGGUUUCUAAAUCCGGAUUCCUCCAUCAGAUUUCCAAGACGGGCAAAUGGACAGCCAACAAGUUUCCUCUGGUUCCUUCUCUGCUUUCAGUCACUGAAGAUGAAAAAAUACUGUUAGCAGGAAGUGAUCACACACUGAGCCUUUUUAACAUCGAAAGAAACUCAGUGGACGGAUUCCUGGACCUCCAACACGACGACAGCGUCCUGUCGGCCUGCGUCUCAUCCGACAGCCGGCUGCUCGUCUCCGGAGCAGCUGACCAGCUCAUACGGAUCUGGUCUGUGACCACCGGUGCGUUGCUGGACUCUCUAUGUGGUUCAGACACCCCCGUCACGUCUGUCCUCCUGCACCACCGCGUCGUGGUCUCAGCCUCGACGGCGGCCCCCGGCGUCCUCCUGUGGAACCUGACCUACGACCCCCGCCACAAACCCCCCGCCCACGUCCCGGCGGGCUGCGCCCACGUCGCCGUCGCCAGGGACGCAGACCGCGUCUUCUACGUCCGGGACCAGAGCCAGACGGAGGUCAUCAGCUGGGACAUCAACGCAGGGUGUAUGUCGGAGCACCUGCCGGUCUCUGCGGAGGUCUGCAGCCUGGAGCUGGCACAGGACAAGAGGCUCCUGUUCUGCGGUCUGUCCAGCGGCACCGUGCUCAUCUACCCGCUGGCGUUGCCCCUGGAGACGCUGUGCAUCCCGCCGCCGCCGAGCCUGAGCCGCGUGCUGUGCGUGGCCGUCGGCGGGCGGGAGAAGCACGUGGCCGUGGCCUACGAGGACUCGGUGGGUCUGUUCAGGAUCACCAACCGGGACCAGUUCCCCACGGUGGAGGGCCCGCUGGACGCCUUCCCGCUGCCGCUGCUGCAGGCGCCGCUGUCCGCCAUGGCGCUGCUGUCGGACCGCCGCCUGCUGUACGGGACCCGCUGCGGACAGGUGAAGCUGCACGACUUCGUCAGCGGCAGCGGCGUCGGCCUGGAGACGCAUCGCAGCAGCGUGAGCUGCGUGGUGGUCGGUAACCACGGCAACCACGCCCUGGUGGGCUCCGAGGACGCCGUGCAGAGGCUGUGGGCCCUGAACCCGCUGGUCCUCGAACACACCAUGGAGUACAAGGGUUUUCUCUUGGAGGGCGUCCUCUGCGCCGCCUUCUCCGAAAACGACCAGUUUGUCUUCACGGGAUCUCAGGACAGAACCAUCAAAGUCUGGGACGUCACCACAGGAAACCUGCUGCAGGUCCAGCCCGUCCACUCCCCCGUGGUGAAGAUGGAGACCUUUAAGAACGGCUUGGUGGCGCUGUCCCAGCAGGGCUCCGUCAUCAGAGAGGUGUUUCACUGCCCGGACCAAGUCCGCCAUGACUACAACCCUCUGAGGAACGUCCGGGCCCAGUACCGGGUCACGUCCCGGGACAGGAAGACCCAGGACGGCUCCGGCUCCGACUCCCAGAACUUUAACCCCGCUCAGUUAGACUUGGACAACAUGGGCAUGCUCAGAGACAAACCCUCCGCCGCCUGUCGCAUACUGUAG